AUGGGCAACCAGCAAGGAGGCGCGCCGAAGAAUGAGGCGGUGGCGCGGCGCCUCGCAGAGUACAAGAAGGCGCGCAAGCAGAAGGGCGCUGGGGUAGCCGUGCUCAAGCUAGACUCCUGCAGCCUCACCGACGUCGACCUCGACGCGGUGAUGGCGGGGAAGGUGGGGCGGGACGCCCAAGAGGUGAUGCUGCAGACGAACGGCCUGACGCGGCUCCCGACGGUGAUCGGCCCGGGCGGCUGGUGGCGCGACGUGCAGUUCCUCUGCGUGAGCGCCAAUGCGCUGGCCUUGCUCCCGGCCGAAGUGGGCGGCCUGACGAAGCUGCAGGAGCUCAACCUCAACGACAACCACCUCGAGUCGCUUCCCUCGGAACUGUUCUCCGGCUGCACGCAGCUCUCCGUCCUCCAUCUUAACAACAACCGGCUGCGGGCUCUUCCCUCCACAAUCGGCAACUGUCAGGCACUCAAGACGCUGCAUGUGAACGGAAAUGAGUUGGAGGAGCUGCCCGAGGAGAUGGGCCAACUCGCAUCCCUGAGCCUCUUCUACGCCAACGACAACCAACUUCAAUCCCUGCCCAACAGUGCUGCCAACUGGUGCAAGCUGGUCAAGUUCUACUGCAACAACAACCAGCUGGAGCAGCUGCCUGAGGGGAUUGGACAGGGCUGGCAAGCAAUUGAAAAGCUCUACCUCAACCACAACAACUUUUCUGAGUUUCCAAUUGAGAUCUGCAGUCUGGGUGAGACACUGGAUGAACUGUUCUUGAAUGAUAACCAGCUGCCCAACAUCCCUCCAGAGAUAGGCCAUCUCAAGAACCUCAACAAGCUUUACUUGAUUGGAAACAAGUUAACAUCAGUGCCAGUGGCACUCACUCAACUAAAAUUCCUUGAGCUGCUCUACCUCAACAACAACCAAAUAGCCCACCUUCCUACUGCUUUGGAUGGAGGCCUUCAGAAACUUUUGUUCCUGGAACUGAGAGAGAACCACCUCAAGAGUGUCCCCUACUGCUUACACUCUCUGCCCAAGCUCAAGGAGCUCCACAUAGAUGAAGGUGUGCUCCAUGAUGAGGAUAUUUAA